AAAUUCGGCACGUGUUUCCGAGCGCAUGCUGACGUCGAGAGAAAAGAAAAGAAAAGAGAGGGAGGGAGAGAGAGAGAAGAGGAAGGCGGUGGAGACACACGAGUUAAUCCAGCAGAUACACAGUCGUUUGGCAGAAGGGCUGAAGGGAGUCGGCGGUUUGCAGCUGUUUCUAAGUCAUGCAGUCAGUAGAAAGCUCCUCCACUCAGACGUCACAUGAUUGUCUAACCUUUGGUGACGACGACUCUGAGAUCUUUCUGUCCGAGGAUGAGAAGUCAGGUGAUCACAGUAGCUCAGCCUCGUCCUCCUCUUCCUCGUUACUGGGAUGGUGCAGCACAGAGAGGGAGAGAGAGAAGGACAACAGGAGUGUUGGAAGCACACGUGGAGACAUGCUGUUUGCCCAGAAAUGCUUCGAACUGCAGGGUUUCAUCCAACCACUUUUGGAACUUUUGAACGGACUGAAGAAAGGCCGAUUUGACAGAGGUCUAAGCAGUUUCCAGCAGAGUUUGGCUAUGGACCGAAUCCAGAGGAUCGUAGGAGUGUUGCAGAAGCCACAUAUCGGAGAGAAGUAUCUGCCCACUCUGCUGCAGGUGGAGAUGAUGCUAAAGCUUUGGUUCCCUCAAGUGAACAUUACGCCUACAGGAACAUGUAAAUCUACACAGCUUUCUGCACAAGGAUCAUCCUCCAGCAGCAGCAGCAUCACACCACCACACAAGCAGAGAGACCAACUGCACAUUCCGGUUAAGAAGCGAAGACUAAGCUGGUCAGACACGGACUCUUCCGCUUCUCCGACUCCUGUUGCAUGUAAGUGCUUCCACAUUAAAGGUCAGGAGAAAGAAGAACAAAGCAAAGGUUUGUCUCUCAGCUGCACACCAGCAUCCCACACAGACCAAUCUGACAAGAGCAGCGAGAAAAAAUCCGGACCUAAGGGCCUCUGUUGGGCCGAGCCGGGCAUGACGUGGGUCCAUGUCGCCCCGAUCCCUUCCCCUCCCAAGUCCUGUCCCACCCUCGACGUGAGAGAAGGUGGAGACAAAGACGUCAGAAAUGGCCACUUUCACCUUGCACCUCCUCUUCUGUCCAGCAGGGGCAGUCCGGCAACGCAGGACAACUCCAUCUCCUCGACAACACCCUGCUCCGAGCCAGUGACGGUGACUCUGUCAGAGGGGCGGAGCCUGUCUCCUCCAAUCACAGAGCACCUUUCAAGCCUAUUACAAAGUUAAUGAGUCAGAACUAAACCCAGACAACAGAGACUUGUUUUGGAAAACUUCUGGGGAGUUUUUUGUUUUUUUUAACUGAUUCUUUUUUUAUUAAUAUUUUUACGGAUAUUUUACGGAUAUUUUACGGAUAUUUAGGCAGCUUAGCCUUUUGUGUUUUAAAAAUGAUGAGAUCCAGAAAAAUCAGUAGCAAUGUGCUGAUCAAGUGUGUGUGUGUGUGUGUGUGUGUAGUUACAUCAUAGCAAUUGGCCAACCUUUAAUGCUGGAUGGAUUAAAUCUUCAGUGUAUGAUAACAAAAUGAUGCCGUUAUUUAGACACAAACAGUCAGUAGUUUAGUAGUUUAUUAAGACAUCUGGAGGGAGUUACGCCGAACCAAGUCCACAACACACAGGACCUCAUAUUUUUGUUUCAGAAGGGAACUUGUAGGAGGGAAUGACUACAAAGGCACAACAUUUCACAACCAUUACAAUGAGUAGCAGAGUUCAGAAGUGUGUAGGACCAAAGCAGCCUCAUCUACUGCUGAUCAGAAACGUCUGCCUUGCUGAGCAAACCUUCAGCCUUAUGCCAUAGUUUCUCAGGAUCCAAUGCAUGAGUGUGUGUGUGUGUGUGUGUGUGUGUAUGUAUGAAGCUAUUGCGAGUUGAUUUCCAUAUUAAAUAUGAAAUUAUUCACAUGUACCCAUGAGACUAAAUGAAAAUUCAGUUAAAAGAAGGUUGUGUCCUAUGAGCUCUCCUGGUCAUUUGCAUAGAAGGAGACACACUAAUGUCAAACACAAAGUGGCGUGACUUACUGAAGGUUUUAUUAAUAGGAAUUGCAUUAUUAGUGUUAAACAAUUCAUUGAUUGUAGUGAUGUAGUGUUCAGACCUCAGAGAGCAAAUUUAAAUCUAUAAACCUUUCAAUUAGGACAAAAGAAACAGCACCCUAUAAAAGGAGGAAGUGUGUAUGAGAGUGUGUAUGAGAGUGUGUGUGAGAGUGUGUGUGAGAGUGUGUGUGAGAGUGUGUGUGUGAGAGUGUGUGUGUGAGAGUGUGUGUGUGAGAGUGUGUGUGUGAGAGUGUGUGUGUGAGAGUGUGUGUGUGAGAGUGUGUGUGUGAGAGUGUGUGUGUGAGAGUGUGUGUGUGAGAGUGUGCGUGUGAGAGUGUGCGUGUCUGAGUGUGCGUGUCUGUGAGUGCGUGUCUGUGAGUGCGUGUCUGUGUGUGUCUGUGAGUGUGUGUGUCUGUGUGAGUGUGUGUGUCUGUGAGUGUGUGUGUCUGUGAGUGUGUGUGUCUGAGUGUGUGUGUCUGUGAGUGUGUGUGUCUGUGAGUGUGUGUGUGUCUGAGUGUCUGUGAGUGUGUGUGUCUGUGAGUGUGUGUGUCUGUGAGUGUGUGUGUCUGUGAGUGUGUGUGUCUGAGUGUCUGUGAGUGUGUGUGUCUGUGAGUGUGUGUGUGUGAGUGUCUGUGAGUGUGUGUGUGUGAGUGCAGACUUUAAUCCAAUGAUCACAUUGGAGUGAUCAUUGAGUCACAUUCACACACGGCACGUUACAGUUACAAACAGUUACAGGACAAACUGCAGGGUUUAGUAGUAAAAAGGAUCGAUUUUUUCCUUCCCUGCUAAAUAUACUAGCACUGCGACUCAAAGCACACACUUAUUAACUCUUCUAGAUGGUUACUGAAUCCUCACACUCACACUGUGGGAAUAUUUAAACAGCUCUGCUGUUGCCUUCAGUCCCACCGUUUUCCUGCUGAAACUUCAGAUCGCAGCAGAAAGUUUUAAAUGUUCACCUUUAAGGCUGAAAAGAAUGAAGCUAGAAAUCAUUCUAAAUGACUGUGAAGAGUUCGAAGUGGCCAAGAGUUGGAAUAUGAAGUAAAAGGGAUUAUUAUUAUUAUAUAUAAAUUAUAAUUAUAUAUAAUGAGAAGGUUUUAAAGGUCCAAUAAAGGAAGGAAGUUGUAGCGAUAAAAAAAGACAUUUAGUUCUUGUUCGAAUUUCUGAAAAAUAAAAAAAUAGAUAAACAAUCAAACAAAACACCUCCUCAACUCUGAACUCUUACUCGUCACCUCAGGAUAAACUCCUCCCAUCCAGGCAAUAGCAAAAACAUAAAGUAACACUUCUGACCUCUAAACGAGUCCCAGCACGCCGAGAUAUUCUCUUAAAUCUGACAGUGAUGAUACACUUCACUGCUCUGAGAAGGAAAAUAUCCGCAUCUCAUCACAGUUAGCUGGUUAGGUCGCUGCUAGCAAAAGACGGACAUGGAGGUGGGCAAUAAGCAGGGGUAGAAGAUUGGGGACGUUUAAAGUUGAGCCAAGAGAAGCAACAUUGGGCAAAAGUCCAGUGCCUGAUAUGGUCAGCACACCAGUAGCAGCUCCUCACUGCUUCACUCUUGGAUCUUGGGUGUUGGAUUAGAGACGUUGAGGACUAAAGCUAAAAGUUUGUGUAUGUACACAGCUGUAAGUAACGACUGGGCCAGAAGUCGGACGUCACAUCAGGUGUCACAUGAAGCAAAUAUCAAAGGGACGUAUAAAUAAGGCAAGAAACUAAAGAGCAGUAGGGUAACAUUUCCACUGUGAUGUGAAUGGUGUUUAAUAAUAAUGUUAUUAUUCAGUUCAGUUUUAUUUCUAUAGCAGAUAUGUGAAGAUAGACAACAGAUAUCGUCACACAGAAGCGUUACAGGAAAGUUUUAAAUACAAAACUAUGACCUCAGUGAGAACAGGAGGCAAGGACCAACUCCCUGAGAUGAUGUUGGAAGAAGACCAGACACUGAGAGAGAGACUGCAGAGAGACACACUGUCCAUGUACAUGUCUGUACUCUGGUCAAACAGUGCUAAUGCUAAUGGACUAUUCACUGAUGGAGAAAUUCACUGGCUCUCCAUCACCCGGAGCAGAUGUUCAGUGCUCUUGACUUCUUGGCGUAAGUGUGUUAGAAUCUCCAGUUAUUUGUUUUCUCAUAGAAUUCUUUCAGGAACUGGAUGCAGUCUGUAAUGUGGUGUGAUUAUCUAGAAUAUUGUGUAAGACUGCAAUAAAGGGGGUCAAAGAUCAAGCUCAUGCUUUCCAACACAAUUCCAGCCCAUUUUCAUUAUUUAUUCAUAUGAACACUUUUAUAUGUUUGUUUGGUUAUUUAUUCAUCUGCCCCCGGUGUGAGGGGCGUUUCUUGUACAGUUUUUUUGCAGAGGGCGACAUUUUAGCGGCAUUAGUUUCUGUAGUAACAGAAAGAAAGCAAGGGAAACUUGUGCCUUUUAAUAAAAUAGGAUACGUGUGUUUUAUAUCUGUUUUUUUUUGAUCGUUUGUAGACGUCUGAGUCUAUUAGAAAUGUUGCAGCUUCAUUUAGCAAACAAGAAUCUGUUAUUCUGCACUAAUGUAAGACAAACAGGGCUGAUGACAGAGUGUAAAGGACAGAAGUGACCACGGCACAUCCAGGGAUCCUGCUCUCUGUUAUUUAUCCAGAUUUUAAUCCUUACUUUGUGCUUAUGCAUAUUUUCAACAAUUGUGUGUAAUUAUCAGCAAAAACAAGAGAUUGUGUUGAUUAUUAGAUGUUGUGGAGCUGAUACUUUCUUAGAUGGAAGUAUACCUGUAACUGAUGUACAGCAAAGCAGGCGUUUGAAAAAUUCAAGCAAUAACAUCCUCAAAAUGUAUUUCUGUUAUUUAGAAGCUAACUUCAGAUCUGUGGUCGUGUAUUUAAACUGAUGAUCGCUGCUACAGUCCUGCAACUCGUCUUUAGAACCAAUAACAAAUCAUCGCACUUCUGUUUUUUUUCUUCUCCACAGCCCAACGAACUGUGUCUAAUUAUUAUCUCUGUAUUUAUUUUGAUCUUU